AUGACAUCUAGUUCUAGGGAGGUGACGCAUCGGCCUUGUGCUGCUCGCAGUCUUGGCGAGAAUCUUGUGGUUUGUGUGUGCAACACCACGUACUGCGAUGACAUCGAGCCGCUCGGUGACCUUCGAAUAGGGCAAGCUGUGCUGUACUACUCAAAUCAGAAUAGUAGCCGACUAAUGAAGUCGAAUCUGCGGCAGACUGCUAACCGAGCAGAGGGCAGCAUUCUUCUCACUUUGGAUUCCCGAACCACUUACCAGAAAAUGCUGGGAUUCGGUGGAGCAUUCACUGAUGCUGCAGGAAUAGUCCUCCAAUCAUUGCCGAAGGCGAUGCAAGACACUAUACUUGAAGGAUAUUAUGGCUCCAGCGGCCGACAGUACAUCUAUUGGGCGAGUGCCAAUGGCGAGCACAGAUUUUUCGACGCACGAAUAUAG